AUGGCGGCUCUAUAUGGCCUACCAGGCGACAUGCACCAUACUUACAUCGACCUACACCAGGCAUAUGGCGAUACAGUACGCAUUGGGCCCAACUGUGUGAGCUUGGCAGGCCUCUCGGCCAGAGCGGCCAUCUACGGAAUAUCGAGGCCAAUCUUUCCCAAGUCUGACUUCUACCUACCCUCUCAAGCCUCAAUAGCUGGCAAGACGUACACCAAUCUGUUCAACACCACCGGUGAGGAUUUCCACACUGCCAUCAAGCGACCGGUCUCUCGGGCUUAUGCGAUGACUACGCUGCUUGAGUAUGAAUCGUUUGUGGACGCCGUGACCAAAACCCUCCUUCGACAGCUCGUAAUCCGGUACACUAAUACAAGAUCCUAUGAGUCGAAAUGCCAUUUAGACAGGUGGCUGAAAUACUAUGCUUACGAUGUUGUCGGCCAGAUCACAUUUGGUCAGUCUCUCGGAUUUCUCGAGCUGGGACCAGACGCAGAACCUGUCAUCUCGCAGCUACGACCGCCACGUCUGGGAAUCGCUGUCAGCCAGAUGCCUAACCUGUAUCAAAUGGUGCUGAAGCCUCUAAGGAAGUGGACCCGUCAGACCCCGCCAACGUCACCCGUGGUCGAGUUCACAGUGGCAAGAAUGAAAGACAGAGCGGCGACCGGGACAAAAGAUUCACACGACCAGCGAGACAUGCUGAGCCGUUUUCUGAAGGCUCAAAAGGAUCAGCCGGAUUUGAUCGACGAUGUGCGUGUCACAAGUUACGCCACUAGCAACGUCAACGCAAGCGCCGACACCACCGCGAUAACACUGUGUGCUGCGUUCUACUAUCUCUUGAAGAAUCCUGCCACGAUGAAGGAACUAGAGGAGGAAAUCAUUGGCGCUGCCGAAGCCGGAAAGAUUUCCUCCCCUUGUGUAUCAUGGACCGAGGCUCAGAAACUGCCAUACUUGGAUGCAGUCAUCAAAGAAGCGUUGCGCAUGCACCCGGCAGUGGGUAUGAUGCUCGAGCGUGUGACGCCUCCAGAAGGUGUCACAAUAUAUGGGCGAUUCUACCCGGGAGGUACACUCUUAGGCAUUAGUCCCUGGGUAAUAGCGCGAGAUAGAGUCAUCUAUGGUGACGAUGCCGAUCAGUGGCGUCCCGAGCGGUGGCUGACGGGCGAUGCGGACAGACAGAGCAAGAUGGCGGGUGCAAGCUUGACCUUUGGUGGUGGUACCCGAACGUGCAUUGGCAAAAAUAUCAGUUUACUGGAGCUGUAUAAGGUGAUCCCAGCAAUCAUCCAGAUGUUCGAUGUGUCGCUGGUCAAGCCAAAAGACGAGUGGAGGACUGUCAACGAGUUCCUGGUGUCGCAGGAAGGGUUAGAAGUUGACAUAAAGCGUCGUUCGUAG